AUGCAGAGCCAAAACAAACCAAGCCGGUCAGUCCCCAAACGUCUUCGAACAUCAUUGGAUACUUCAAUCGAGGCAGAUCUUAUCGGUGCCAAGCCUGCUGUCAGUCGAGGACCACUUAGUCGGCCCAAAGCGGCUAGAUUGCGCCAUGCCAAGCCAGCCACUCGUCGUCGAGAAUCCAGACUAAUUAACUCCUCCUUCCAACUUGCCAAGUUUAUUCCUCUACUCCCUUUCCAGGACGACAAACUCGCUCAUCCCCUCCUCCCUCGAGAGCAGAGCAACCCACCUCGAGUAUACGUUCGCUUGCGGGACCGUCCGACCCGCCUGUCCCCCCGACCUACGUCUACGUGUAUAUCCGCUACAAUCCGAUUAUCACAGCCCUUGUCGCUCGCUUGA